AUGAGUUCUGCUGAAGAAUUAUCAUCGUUAACAAAAGUUCUCAUGCAAUCAAAGGCGAAACCAGAUGAUAAUGCAUCAAACUUAAUUUCCGCUUUGGAUUCUCUCAUAGAUGGCACUUAUACUGACGAGAAAAAGUUUAAACUUUUGUCAAUUUCACUCAAUAAGAUAAAAGAAAACUCUAAAAACCAAACGAUUAUUGAUAAGGCUACAGCAUUGCUCGAAAAAUAUUCAGGAAGCGCUAAACCAGCAGCUAAAAAGAAUGAAAUCGCUCGAUCAAGCUCAACAGAAGAUCCAGACAAGCGCUCACAAAAGCGUCGCAUCAUAAGAAAUGUUCUUAAGGCACAUGGCCUCGCAGAAGAAACAGCCAUUGAAAUUUCAAAUAAGAUCGAGGAUGAAGUAAACGCAACUAAAGUCGGCAACGAUUACGAUGAAUACAUCAUCUACCUUCUCCAAACAAUCGACAAUAAGGACAAACAGUUCAAGAUUAUUGAGAAAUUAAAAUCCGGCGCUUUAACAGCCAAAGAUUUUGUUAACGCUCCAAAGGAACAAUUCAUGACAGAGGAAGAAAAGGCCGCAGCAGCCGAAGCUUUUCAGAACGCUAUGAAUAAGAUUUCUGUUCCUCAGCCAAGAAGAAUUCCAUCUGGACUUUUCCAGUGCCCAAGAUGCAAGGGCAAUAAUACAACACACGUGGCUGUCCAAACUCGUGGUGGCGAUGAACCUAUGACAAACUUUUGCGAAUGCUUAGAUUGCGGUCUAUCAUUCAGAAGAUAA